GCCAGAAACUUAUUCACCCUGUUUGUUCGAUUGCUUGGCUUCGUCAUUGAUUAAUAUCAGAUAUAUCAGACAGUUAGACAGUUCCAGUACUCGCCAAGACACGUUCCCACCAUGAGCCAACAGGAAAACCUCUUUAAACCCAUCGGACAACUCGCCCAGGACACGGACGCACGGCCCGAGGUCGACGACGACGAUGCACGUCUCCAGGAGGGCGGCGACUUUCAAGAGGGAAAUGAGCGAGAGGUCGAGCAGGUCGAGAGUUUAUGCAUGGAAUGUCAUCAGCAGGGCAUCACCCGAAUGCUUCUAACGAGCAUUCCCUACUUUCGCGAGGUCAUCAUCAUGUCCUUCCGAUGUGACCACUGUGGCAACUCGAACACCGAGAUUCAGAGCGCCGGGGAGAUUCAGCCCAAGGGAUGCAUCUACUCGGUCCACAUCCUCAACGCCAAGGACCUCAACCGACAACUCGUCAAAUCCAACACCUGCACCAUCACCAUCCCCGAGAUCAGCCUGACGCUACCGGCGUCGCGAGGCCAGCUCACCAACGUCGAGGGUCUCGUCAGCGACAUCGUCCGGGACCUAUCGCUCGACCAGCCCGUACGCAAGAUCAUGGACCCGGCCACGCACGACAAGAUCGAGACCCUCCUCAACCGACUGAAGGAGUGUUUGGACGACGACGAUGACGAGGCGACCACCGGCGAAAAGCCCGAAAAGACGUUCACCCCCUUUACGCUGAAGCUCGACGACCCGAGCGGCAACUCGUACGUCCAAUUCUUUGGAACGACGAGCGACGCACAAUGGAGCCUCCGAGCGUACAACCGGACCCGCGACCAAAACGUCACGCUCGGUCUCGUUGCCGAGGAGGAAGAGGCUUCGGCCUCCAAAAAGGAGCCCGUCGGUGCGAUCGACGGAAUUCGACCGAGCAUGACGGAACGAGAGGACGGGACGGUGGUGCCCGAAGAGGUGUUCACUUUCCCUGGAGCGUGCUCGAGCUGUGGACAUCAGAUCGACACUUUGAUGCAGAGGGUCAACAUUCCUCAUUUCAAGGACAUCAUCAUCAUGUCGACAAACUGUGAAUACUGCGGCUACCGAGACAACGAAGUCAAGUCGGGUGGAGCCAUCGCAGAAAAGGGCAAAAAGAUCAUCUUGAAGGUGGAAGAUGAGGAGGACCUCAGUCGAGAUCUGCUCAAGUCCGAGACGUGUGGUCUGGAGAUCCCCGAGAUCGACCUGGUAUUACAGCCCGGAACCCUGGGCGGACGAUUCACCACCAUGGAGGGUCUCUUGCAGCAGGUCUACGAAGAGCUCAGCACCAAGGUGUUCAACACCGGAGGCGGCGACUCGGCACUCACGGACAGCGAGGACAAGGGCAAUUUUGCCAAGUUCCUUGGUAGCCUGAAGGAGGUCAUGGUGGCCGCGCGUCCGUUUACCCUGAUUCUGGACGACCCGGUGGCCAAUUCUUACCUGCAAAACAUUUACGCGCCCGAUGACGACCCCAACAUGGAGAUCAUUACGUACGACAGGACGCACGAGCAGAACGAGGACCUCGGUAUCAACGACAUGGUCUUGACCGGAUACGACAACGAGCAUCCCGAGGUGGCAGCGGAGGGUGGUGACAAGGCGGAGUAGAGCUCGGAUGCUAGAUGUUUCUUUGUGGCAGGUGUAAUCUCAUAGUGUAUCGCAUUACGCCGUGUGCAUUAAAGGAUUGUUUCCGAUGUACGGAUCGCUGCAACUCACGGUCUACCGCUGCUCUCAAGGGCCAGACGGAAUGAAGGCAGAAGCUCGCACAUGCCGCAUCAGUGCUGGAUUAUGGCAUACAACAUAUUACAUACCAGCUGCGCAAACAAGGCGCAAUGUGGAUUUCGUUGGAGAAUAGAGGUGGCGGUCCUAGGAGAUUGUCACAUCCGUUGCGUGGCUUAUCGUACCCAAAGGAUCUGAAAGGCAUAGCAGGGUAGAGCUCAAGCGAAGAGGAUAUGAUGGACGCCUUUGUCGGGUUCCAAUGCCAAGUACGCAGUCAGCAAGUCUCACUCUGGCUUUGUGAUAG